AUGGGGACCAUCACGCAGAAGAUCAAAGACAUUGAAGAUGAGAUGGCUCGCACGCAGAAGAACAAGGCAACAGCACACCACUUGGGCCUGCUCAAGGCCAAGCUGGCGAAGCUUCGACGAGAGAUCCUCACGCCUUCAGGCGGCAAGGGAGGCGGAGCAGGAGAGGGCUUUGACGUGACGAAAAGUGGUGACUCGAGAGUUGGGCUUGUGGGUUUCCCGUCAGUUGGGAAGUCGACGCUUUUAAACAAGCUGACAGGCACAUUCUCUGAGGUGGCAUCGUACGAGUUCACAACGCUCACGUGCAUUCCGGGUGUGAUUCGAUACCGAGGGGCCAAGAUCCAGCUGCUGGAUUUACCGGGAAUCAUUGAGGGAGCCAAGGACGGCAAGGGGCGAGGCAGGCAGGUCAUCUCGACCGCUCGCACGUGUAACUGCAUCGUGAUUGUACUGGACGCCAUUAAGCCCAUCACACACAAGAGACUGAUCGAGAAGGAGCUUGAGGGCUUUGGUAUCAGGCUGAACAAGGAGCCUCCAAACCUGACCUUCCGGAGAAAGGACAAGGGCGGCAUCAGCAUCACAGCAGCGUGCAGCGUCACCAAUCUAGACCUCGACACGGUGAAGGCGGUGUGCUCGGAGUACCGCAUCCACAACGCGGACGUGCAUCUGCGAUACGAUGCGACGGUGGACGACCUGAUCGACGUGAUUGAGGGCAGCCGCGUGUACAUCCCGUGUGUGUACGCUGUCAAUAAGGUGGACCAGAUCACGCUGGAGGAGCUGGAGGUGCUGGAUAAGCUUCCCCAUUACUGCCCUGUCAGUGCCCACUUGGAGUGGAAUCUGGAUGGCUUACUGGAGAAGAUCUGGGAGUAUCUUGACCUCGUGCGGGUGUACACGAAGCCACGGGGGGCGAAUCCGGACUACGAGGAUCCCGUGAUUCUGUCGGGCAAGUCGGUGACGGUGGAUGACUUCUGCAACCGCAUCCACAAGGACAUGUCCAAGCAGUUCAAAUAUGCUCUCGUGUGGGGGUCCAGUGCCAAGCACAAGCCGCAACGAGUAGGCAAG